AUGGGUGUACCGUCGUUCUACAAGUGGUUAAUCGAGAAGUAUCCAUUGAUUUUGCAAGAGGUAAUUGAACCAGACCCUCUCGAAUUCAAUGGCGUCACGAUUCCGGUCAAUACUUGCGAACCUAAUCCUAAUGGCGAGUAUGACAAUUUGUAUCUCGACAUGAACGGAAUCAUUCAUCCAUGCUUCCAUCCCGAAGACAAGCCUGCUCCAACUACGUUUUCGGAGGUGUUUCAACGCAUGUUCGAUUACAUAGACAGGCUUUUUGUGAUGGUACGGCCAAGGAAGCUCUUAUUCAUGGCUAUUGACGGAGUCGCUCCGAGGGCUAAAAUGAAUCAGCAGAGAUCCAGAAGGUUUAGAGCAGCAAAGGAUGCAGAAGAAGCAGCAGCUGAAGAAGAGCGGCUGCGGCAGGAGUUUGUGCAAGAAGGGAAGAGGUUGCCUCCUAAAGUGGAUUCUCAAGUUUUUGAUUCUAAUGUUAUAACUCCUGGAACACAGUUCAUGGCUACACUGUCAUUUGCGUUGCAAUACUACAUUCACGUUAAACUAAAUUCUGAUCCUGGUUGGAAAAAUAUUAAGGUUAUCCUCUCAGAUGCCAAUGUUCCUGGUGAGGGGGAACACAAGAUCAUGUCAUACAUACGUCUUCAAAAGAACCAUCCUGGUUAUAACCCAAACACUCGCCAUUGUCUGUAUGGUUUGGACGCCGAUUUGAUUAUGCUGGCUUUGGCCACCCACGAAGUUCAUGUUUCCAUCCUUCGUGAGGUUGUUUUCUUUCCUGGACGUCUAGACAAAUGCUUCUUGUGUGGUCAGAUCGGGCACCAAGCAGCAGAUUGUGAGGGCAAGGUAAAGAGGAAGGUAGGAGAAAUUUUUGAUGAUAGUGUGACAGAUGACGAGGUCAAGAAGCCAUACCAGUUGGUCAAUAUCUGGAUACUACGAGAGUAUUUGGAAAAGGACAUGCAGAUACCUUACUCCCGAUUGCGAAAAGAUUUGGAUCGCGUUAUUGAUGAUUUCAUCUUCAUCUGUUUUUUUGUUGGGAAUGAUUUCUUGCCACAUAUGCCUACGCUAGAGAUACGGGAGGGUGCUAUAGAUUUACUGAUGUCUGUGUACAAGAAGGAAUUUGGACCUAUGGAUAGUUACUUAAGCAAUGGAAGCAAGCUGGACUUAAGAAAUGUGGAGCAUUUUAUCCAGGCCGUUGGGUGCUUUGAAAACCAGAUAUUUCUGAAGAGAGCAGAAACACUUCAGAGGCAAUCGGAAAGGUUUUUUCGUGAUAGAGCUACAGUAGGCAGAAAAUAUAACUAUGGCCAGGUGGUGCAACCAGAUUCUCUAGUUGAAGAGUCUGAUUUAUUGCAUUCCUCGCCUCCACAGAAAUAUUUACGUCUGUCUUUGGAUGAUAACAUUGGCGUAGCAAAUGUUGAAACAGAAAAUAGCAUCAAAGCAGAAGAACUAGAAAACAGAGAAGAAUUGAAGUUUAAGCUUAAGAAACGGCUGCGCGAAAAGGGUGAUUUGUUCAGCUCAGGAAAUGGCGAACCAGAUAAGGUUAGGCUAGGUGUAGCAGGAUGGAGGGAGAGAUAUUAUGAGGAGAAAUUCACAGCUAAAUCUGUCGAGGAGAUGGAACAAAAACGCAGAGAUGUUGUUUUGAAGUAUACGGAAGGCCUUUGUUGGAUAAUGCAUUAUUAUUAUCAUGGUGUUUGUUCCUGGAAUUGGUUUUAUCCAUAUCAUUAUGCACCUUUCGCAUCUGAUCUCAAGUUGCUUGAUCAGCUAGAUAUUAAGUUUGAUUUGGGUUCCCCAUUUAAACCUUUCAAUCAGCUUCUGGCAGUUCUUCCAUCUGCAAGUGCACAUGCUCUCCCAGAGUGCUAUAGGACAUUGAUGACAAAUCCAAAUUCACCUAUAGCUGAUUUUUAUCCUUCCGAUUUUGAAGUUGACAUGAAUGGAAAGCGCUUUUCUUGGCAGGGUGUAGCGAAACUGCCUUUUAUUGAAGAACAGCGUCUACUGGAUGCAGCCGCACGAGUGGAGCACUCACUGACGAACGAAGAAAUUCGAAGAAACAGUGUGUUGUGUGACAUGCUCUUUGUGGUUGCAUCUCAUCCCCUUGCUGAGCUCAUCCGUUCUCUUUACAGCCGUACCAACAAAUUGAGCAACGAAGAACGAGCAACAAUUACGGAAAAAAUUGACCCUGUACUAAGUGAAGAGAUGAAUGGUUACUUAGCUUCAUGUGGUGGAGAUAGUCAGCCUCCAUGCUUCAGGUCCCCAAUCGAGGGCAUGGAAGAUGUUUUAGCUAAUCAAGUCAAUUGCGCCAUAUACAAACUUCCAGAUGAUGUUAGAGGCAGUGACAUUGCUCGUCCAGCUCCAGGAGUGGUGCUCCCUAAACAGACUGUACAACUAGUGGAUUUGAAAGGUGGAGCUGAUCUAUGGCAUGAAGAUGGUGAGAGAAGAAGAAGAGCUCCUCAAAGGAUCAUAAAAGUUAAGAGGUCUAACCCUGAAGAAUGCAUUUCUGGGCUUAGGCUUGGAAAUGCAGCACACAGGCUUGUGCUACAAACAAUAAACGCUCAACCUGAUAAUACGUAUGUCAACUCAGAAGCAGCAUUGUGUCCAAAUACUUUUUUCCAGAAUCAACAAGUGUCGAAAAAAGUCCCAACAUUCCAAGGGGAUAAGAUAAGCCUACAGAGCGAAAUCACUUGGGAAAAGGAAAACAAAAGCAUUGGAAGGAAAGACAAUGAAUCGAAAAGACGCAAGGAUCGUCGGGACUUGCGUGAAGAGAAAAGACGCGAGGCAGAGCAGGAAAGGAGAGAACUAGAGGAGAGGAGGAAGAAGAAGUGGGAAAACAAAAAACGCGAAGCAGCGGAGGAAAGAGAGAGAUAUAUAGAGGAGAGGAAGAAGAAGAAAGCARAAAAUAUACUCAAGGCAGAGGAGCUCAGACAGAAAAAGGUAGAGAGAAAGAAGAAAAGGCAGGAGAGAUUACUCAAGUCACAGAUGAUGAAGAAGAUAAUGCGCAAGAAAGAGGAGAAAAAUUUGGCUAAUAGAUUAAUGAAAAGAAAAACUGUUACUGAGCAACAAAAGAUGGCAUUAUCACAACAACAGGCUACCUAA